GUGCCUCGGGGCUACCGGUCGCUCGGCUCCAGCAGGAGAGACGCGUCUGGGAGUCACCGGUGUCGUUUUGCUCUCGGUGACCUCGGGCCUUUGCGUCCAUCCCUCCCGGGGAACAACAUGCCGCGCCGCCCUCCGCAGUGAUAUCAGUACAGAGGCAAUGACAGCGGCUCCGGUAACCCCGCGGGAGAUCAAGGAGAGGCUGCUGCAGGCCAUCGAUCCCCACAGCAAUAUCUGUAACAUGGUGGCUGUGCUAGAAGUGAUCUCCAGCUUGGAGAAGUAUCCUAUUACCAAAGAGGCACUUGAGACAGACAAUAUACCAUUUCCAGCCAAAGAAACAAGACUUGGAAAAUUGAUAAAUGAUGUGAGAAAAAAGACCAGCAAUGAGGAUCUUGCCAAGCGUGCAAAGAAAUUACUAAGAAGCUGGCAAAAGUUAAUUGAGCCUGUAUCCCAAAAUGAGCCGUCUACAAGGGGCACCCCUAAUCCACCUGGCUCUGCCAAUGGGGGUGGGGCACACAACUGCAAAACGGACCCUGUAGCAGCAGCCCUGCUGAGUGGAAAAGCAAUCCAAGAACUUAAAAAUAGAAAUGACAUUCAGAGGGCACUCUCUCCAAAUGUUGAAAAACCUGCCAACAGGAAAAGGAAGGUGGAACACAGGGACAAUGCCCAGCAAUCAUUCUGUAAAGUAUCUAAUCCCAGUAAUGAGCAAUUUCAAAACUCGCCUCCACCCGUCAAUGGCAUUGGAGGUAGCCCACCUGAGAGCCUUCCCAGCCCUUUAGAUGGAGGUUCUCAGGCUCCCAAACUAGAAGCUCCAGAAAAUGACAAGCAUGGGAAAAUUCCAGUGAAUGCUGUCCGCCCUCACACCAACUCUCCUGGACUUGUAAAACACCCAAGCACUUCCUCCCUUCUGAAAGCAGCUGUUCUGAAACAGCAUGGUGGUGUGUUGGAAGAGGUCCCCUCUCACCAGCCCCGAAGCCCUCGCUGUUUAUCCUUCAGCCCUCGUGGCAUGCGUGUUGAGCUGCCAGGCCGGCCCCAUACCACGUAUGCACCAAGGAGUUCUAUGCCCAGUCCCUCUCAAAGGCAGCCAGGUGUAGAUAAUGCACAGACACCCGUGUACCUAUCACCUACACACCCAUCUACACCCCCUACUACUGUAAAAAGACUGGAGUCUCCUGGACUAGAUGUUGCUGUCUCUUCCCCACUUAGAUCAACAGAACUGCUUUCCCUUCCGGAUUGUCAACACCAGCACCCCCCCAGGACAUCACAGCACCACACCCCCCACGGGCCACGCAGUGUCCCACUCUCCACAGACUCUCAAACUCCUCGCUCUGGCUUCUCACCAGAGACCUCCAAAAUGGACAGUGAUGAUGGGGCAUCCGGCUCUGAUAGCCGAAAGAAAAAGAAAUCUUGGGGUAGGGGAGAACAAGAUGGUCAUUUGCCAGAUGGAAUGGGCAAACCAGUAAGGUUAAAAGAGCGUAAGUUGACUUUUGAUGUUACCACUGGGCAAAUCAAAACCUUAAUACACAAAGAUCCAGCCCAAGCUGAGUGUUCAGCACCCUCUGAACAGCACAGAACUGAAACAGAUAAACAGGACCCAAAGUUAGGCCUGCCAAAUCCAUUUGAACAGACUAACUGGAAAGAGCUGUCUCGAAUUGAGAUCAUCCAGUCUUAUCUCAACCGGCUACAAACUCAGAGUGCACAUUAUUAUAUGUCUGAAUAUUUAAAACAGGAGGAAUGCACCAAGCGAGAAUCUAGGAAGACUCAUGUUUUAGUCCCACUUGUCCUUCCCAGUGACCUACCUGGGAGAACGAGGAAAAUAACUAGCAAUGACAUGGACCUAAUACACAACCAACAUUGGCCUGGUGUCAAUGGCUGUCAUGAUACACAGGGCAAUUGGUAUGAUUGGACGCAGUGUAUCUCCUUAGACCCUCAUGGUGAUGAUGGUAGAUUAAAUAUCUUGCCUUAUGUUUGCUUAGACUGAACAUCUGUCUAAAAUCUGCUUUUUUCAUAUCUGCGGUUUUCAUUGCAAAACCAUGGGCAAUUGCAGCUCAGCACAGGAGAUUUACAUGAGGAAGGAGUUUCCCAUUGUUAGUUUUGGGAGGUGGUAAGGGGGAUGAAUAGGGUCGGGAGGAAACAAGAAAAGCUUAGUGGCCACUACAUCCUGGAAGUUACCUUCCCUCGCCGGAAUCCUCCAGGUUCUGCCGCACUUGUUUUUUUGUGCAAAAUGCUGCUACAGUUUAAUACAGUAAACAUUACAGAAGUAUGGGUAAAUGUAAUGCAAGAGUUUAGAAAAGGUGAAAUCCAGACUUUCUAAACUUGUAUAGCAAGCAAGCUAUAAUAAAAAAAUAUGUGAAAAA